AUGACAGAAAAUCUUCAAGACUCAGAUGGGGCCUGCAGUCGUCGAAUAGCUGCUGGUCGACAGCGACUGCUCAAACGAGGUUCUCCUUUGGGACAACAACCAUCACUCGAAUCCAGUCAUAAGAGAAGGUCUCUGAGAACUCGUAAGCAGUCGAAGUUGCCGUCAUCACCAGAACGACAUGAAGAACGGAUCUGA